AUGACACACAUAGCCAGUAAAGAAAGUCAAAAAAGAACAUAUGAAGAUUCUAAAAUAUUUUUUGAGAAUAAUGAUGUGCUUCAGGAUACAUCUAUUACAUUUGAAGCCAAAAAUGCAGCAACAGCAUGUCUAUAUUUUAAACCACAUGAACGAGUAAAAAAAGAGCUAAAAACAGAAAAGAAACGCCACUUUUGUAUUCCUCAAAGUGUACAAGGGCAAAAUACUGAAUCAAUAUAUGAAAGAAUACCACGCCAGUUUAAUUCUGAAAAAAAUACUCCUAAUACCUUUACUCUACCAAUUAAAACAAAAGAUGGGCGAAUCUGUUUAAAAGAAACACAAAAUGUAGAAAAAGAGGAGUUAGCAAAGCCCAGUAAUGAAGUUCUAAGAGAAUACUCAAACAAAACAGUUCAAACAGAAACAAAAGAGACGUCAAAAGAUAUACGCGAAACAUUAGCAUCUAUAGCACAAAAGAUCAUUGAAAAUCCUGAAGAGAAUAUCAAACAAUUAAAAGCUCUACGCGAAAUAACCCUCAAUCAAACAGCAUCAAUCCAACGAUUAGGGCUGCUAACACAACUUGCAGUUUAUAAAGAUAUUAUUCCAGGAUAUUCUAUUCGACCAUUAACAGAUACUGAAAAAGCCUCUCGUAUGUCUAAAGAGACAAAAGAACGUCGUUCAUUUGAAGAAUCGUUAGUUUUCAAUUAUUAUGCAUAUAUAUGCCUUUUAUCGGAAACAAUUAAAAUUGGACAAAAAUCCCCAAAAAAUUCAACUCAACAAUUUCUUUCACAAAUUUCAUUUUCUUGUGUUUGUCAUUUAUUGCUCUCAAUACCUCAUUUUAAUUAUCGAGAUACACUUUUAGAAAUCAUUUCCACUAAACUAACACAAAAAACGCCAGAUGCUUCAUUUAUCGAAUGUAAAGAAACAAUAGAGAAAUUAUUUGAAAAUGACAAAGAAGGAAGAAUAAGUUUUGAAAUUGUAAAAAAACUAACAAAUAUUAUAAAAAAAAAAAACUACAAAAUUAAUAGUGCAGUUCUAAAUACUUUUUUAAAAUUAGAAUUUCUUUCUCAAUCUAAUUUAACAGUAUCUCAAAAAGAUAUAGAUAAUCCUCGCAAACGAAAACAUGAAAAACAAUUUAAAAGUAAAAAAAUAAGGAAACUAGAAAAGAAAAAUAAAAAAAUAGAAAAUGAAUUAGACAAUAUUGAAAGAAUCAAUGAAGAGAAAGAAAUAUUUCAGGGGAAGAUACUAAAAUUAAUAUUUACAACAUAUUUUCAAAUAUUACAAAAUGGUUUCACGAAUCUUAUUUAUGCCUCAUUAGAAGGCGUAAAAAAAUUUUCUUGUCUUAUCAAUAUAGAUUUUUUUGAAGAUUUAUUAAAAAUUUUAAAAGAAUUAUUAAAAAAUAAAUUUAACGUUGAACCCAACAUGUCAAUAAAGAAUACUACAAAAGGAGGACUUUUAUGUAUAAUUACUGCUUUAAAACUACUUUAUGAACAGGCUCGAAUAAAAAAAAUUAUAGAUCUUGAUCUAUCAACAUUUAUUAUUUAUUUAUAUUCAAUUAUGAUCCCAAUGUCUUUAAAUCCCUAUAUAGAGACAAACAUAGUUCACAAAUCAAAAAAAUAUGAAAAUUUGGACCAAGACCAUGCGUUUAACAAUUUAACUGAAAUAGAUAUGUUUGCAGAAUGUUUUAAUCAUAUUUUUUAUCAAGACAAAAAUUUAAAUUUAUUAAAAGCAUCUGCUUUUAUAAAACGACUUUUUACUGUUUUGCUUGGGUUCCCUGAAAAAUCUAUUUUAAAAUCAUUGGAACUGAUACAAAAACUAAUUAACAAACAUCCUAGACUUAAUUCUUUUUUAAAUUCAAACGAAAACUACGGAGAAGGAGUAUAUAAUGGAGAAAUUGAUAAUCCCGAUCUAAGCAACCCUUAUCUAAGUUUUUAUUGGGAACUAGUCUUAUUAAAAAAACAUUAUUCCCCUAAAAUAUCCAAAAUUGCAAACAAUUUUUUCCGUUAG